AUGGCAAUCUUUAACUACUCUAUAGGCAGAAUACAUGAGACUGCACCAGGAUACGUCAUCAAUACACACCAGUAGUGCCUAGGAAAGCUAAACUGCCAUGGUAACCAACAUGGGAGCGAACACAAACAAACUGUUAGUGCGGUGUAGACAAGCUAUGAUGUGAGCCAUGUCUGUUGUCACAGGACUGAGAAGUGACUCCCAGCUGCCUCGCUAUCCUUGGUAUAAAGAGAGGCUGCAUAAAAAAUUUCUGAAAGAGUCCAACCAAAAACUGCACCUUUCUGGUGCCCUCAAUACCCACCAAUGGAAAUUCUUACCAAAAGGAGUUGACGAUUUUCGAGAUGGCUAUCCCACUGCUACUGAUACUCCUCAUAAUACUGCCACUAAGGGGCAUGCUCUUUUCCUUCAGAAUGUUGCCGAUGACCCAAAACCUAUUCAGAAAGACAAAAAGAGGUUCACCAAAGAGCAAGCUUACUUCUCUAAGCUUAUUCCACAGCAGCAGGCACGCAGAGAAUACAUUGCUGGGAUAGAAUACGGCCUUGCACAGCACCCACUAGCUCUGUAUCCUCACCUAGAGGAAGGAGUACCACCUGACCUGUUUGAAGAAAUUGUGGGCAUCCUGGACCCCGAAAUGAGAUUAAAGAGUCCUUCAGGAUUCUAUGAAACAAUACCAGAGGACCAGGAACAGGAGACUUUCCCAACACCAACAGAGCAACAGGAAGUACAAAGUGUGAAAUCGCGUGAAGCAAGCACAAGGCUGUCAUCAUUGAGUGAGCAGUCCAGGCUCAAAAAUCCAUAUAAAUGGCUUUCUAACCAAGAACCUGCAUCUGAAGAAAAGUCCAAGACAACACAACCUUUCACUCCUGCACUUGAUGAAAAUGUCAGACAAGUGACUAAGGAAUUUUGCGAUUGGGUAACUUCUUUGGGAGGGGAGGCAUGCAAAGUCAGUGAAUCUGCCAUCUUCAGUUUAUUUGCCAGCGGUUAUGAGACAAAGCCUGCUCUCAGUGUCCCAAUACAUGUAGUAGAACUCAACAAUGUACCCCCAGAGUUAAGAAUGUCUAUAGGAGUCUCACAACAAGGCACAGAAAAGACCUCAGAUUCAAGAAAUGCACAAAAAUCCAAGGAGUCCAACACAUACUGUCCAAGUUUAGUAAAAACAAGAUAUGGAGCUUGGUACCUUGAUCCUGAAAUAUGGAAAAGACAGAAAGUUAAUGAACCAUUGAAAGAUCCAGCCUUAGAAAAGAAAGAAAAAGGUGCACGUUCACCAGAAAAGCUAAGCCAAAAGGAUGAAGAACUUCUGCAGCUUCAUGGAACUGUUGCCUUUAAAGAUUUUAUUGAGAAAAGAGGCCACAGAAAACCAGAGUUUCUCAAUAAACUGUUCUGUAAGAAGGAAGGUAUCACCUCCGACAGUGCCAUGGUGACUGAAUCCAGAGCAGCUUCUUCUGCAAGAAACACAUGGUACCGUUCCAGCUCAGCCUCCACCCAUGAAGACAGUAUAAUAAACUGACUUGCUGCCUAGUAUACCUGAUGUGCUUAUAUCUUUAUGGAAAUGAUAGAAUAAUAAACAUCUGUAAAGCAGAACACUUAAUAUUAAGAGACUAAUUUUACAUAAGAGUAUCAUAUCGAACAACUGAAGUAGUAAUGUUUUCUCUGUAAGGCAUUGUUUAUACAGUAUAUCCUUGCUCUCUCUCUCUCCCUCUCCGUCUCUCUCUCCCUGUCCCAUCUUGAUUGAGAUAUAGGCCUUAUAAAGGCCUCUGAUUGCCAUAGGAACUGAACGGUAACCCACAAUUAUGUUACAGGAGGGCCCCGGAACUGCCUAGUGUGUGGUGUGGUGGCUGACUGCCUAGAAGUAUCUAGUUGGUUAAAAGACUGGAGUUGGAGUUAGCUGUAGUUGUCAGCCAUUGAGAGCAGCCAGAAGCCACCAUGUAUGGAGAGAGCUUGACUCUUGAGCUUUAUCCAUGCAACCUUACACCACCAUGACG